GAUGGGAAUCAAGACGACAGCAUAUCUACUACGUCAUGUGAUCCAUUACACACCCAAGGAGGUCCAGUCACGCGAGCUAGAGCUAAGAAGAUGCGUGAAGCUUUAAAUGGCCUUAUUGAGCAGAUCUGGGUUGAAAACAACAUACAACAAGCAAAUCGAAGCUUGGAUGAUUAUCAAGGCAUGGUAAACAUCAUUCAGGGUCAAGAGAAGCUUAGUUAAGGUCAUUUGCACAGAAUUACACAGUUUGUGUUAAAAUCGCACAAUUCUGCCGCAAUUUGUAGUAAAUUGAUAUUUCAUGU